AUGUCGACUACGACUCGGAAGUUAAUAUUCGUCACAGGAGGGUGCGGAUUCAUCGGACUGCACAUUUUGACCCAGCUACUAGAUAAAGGAUACAAAGUUCGAGCGGCCGCAAGAGGCAGAAAAAUCGAGCUACUAAAGAAAGCUCUAUCUGCCAAUUACAGUCGCCACAAUUUCGAGGUCGUAGAGGUCCGUGAUAUCUGCUCGGGGGAUUUUAGUCGAAUCCUUAAUGGAGUAGACGGAAUUAUCCAUGCAGCGGCUCCUCUCCCAGGAAGAGUUAGUGCUGAAGCAGCCUUACGAACCGCUAUCGAAGGCUCUCUUCACGUGUUGCGAGAGGCCGUCAGGGCCAAAGUCCCAAGGGCAGUUAUUACCAGCUCUGUCUUGACUUAUGAUUUCCCCAAUGGCCCGUAUAACGCAGACAACUGGAACCCCAUCACCAAAGAAGAAGCAAUAGCCUCCGGACAUCCUUUCCUUAUCUACGUAGCCGAAAAGAAAUAUUCCGACUUGGCCGUAGUCGAAUUUUCCCACAUCCAUCCUGAGAUCGAUGUUACCCUCGUGGGACCGCCAUUCAAUUAUGGUCCUUUCGCUCCAGGCUUUGAGCACCUCCUUCCCGAACCAGACCUUAAUGCUCUUUCCACGAACUCGACUAUUUAUUCCUUCCUUCGACCAGACACGACCGCCUUUCCUAUGGCUCCAGGCGCUAUCGACGUCCGAGAUACCGCUAGAGCACACGUUCUUGCACUCGAGUCACCUCCCUCAUCCAAGAUUGGUCGUAAGAGGGUAGCUAUCGUUUGUCCCCACGAGUGCUCGUACAAGGCAGCAAUCGAGACCAUAGCGCGCGAACGCCCGGAGCUUAAAGAACGCCUUGCCGAUGCCCGUAGGGCACCUGAAUGGCCUUCCAACACCCUCCCACUGGACUGGAAGAGGAUUGACGAGGUGAUCGGAAUGAAGCCCGAAUCGUUCAUCCCUUGGGAGAAGACAGUUUUGGACUCGGUCGACAGUCUCCUUUGUAUCGAGAAAGUCUGGAAAGAGAAAGGAUUCAAGGUUAAGGGAUAUAUAAGAUAAUUAAUCUCCCUAACAGACGG